AUGAAGAAUACAUCAAGUGUUUCUCCACUCUUACAUGGACAGACACGCAGGGGCACCAUUUAUGGUCUUGGCAAUUUCCAGUACACUAACAAGCGUCCUUCUGAGUCUGUCCUUGCUGCACUCAAGCGAGACAUAAACGUGGAGAAGAGGGUUUCUGGCCUGGAGACUGAGUUGCAUGCUUUGAAGACUGACUUCAAUGAAGGCAAUGCUAGAACUCAGGCAACUCUCGACAUGAUUCUGCAACUUCUUCAGCCUCAAGCUUCUUCUGCACAAGCAAGUAAGUCUCAGCAUCGCUCUCCCUCUCAUUCUGCAGCUCCACCUCAAGGUCAAGCUCAACCUGAAGGUCACGGUCCAGCUCCAACUCCACCUCACGAUCAGCCUCAAGCUCCAGGUGACACACAACCUCAACAACUCAUCACCACUAAUGAUUCUAAUUUAGAUAGGUGGUGUAAUGAACUUGGAUUGUAG